GAGGAGACACUGCUCUGCUGCCUCAGUCUGAGCUCGCUCAGCCCUCUCUCUCACUCUCUCUCUCUCUGUGUGUCUCUCUCUCUCACUUUCUUUCUCUCUCACUCUGAAGCUCAGGAUGCUCUUGGCCUGCAUCACUCUGCUCCUGCUGACCCCUCUGCUCCUGACCAGCUGCAGGCCGGACGGUGAGAGCACAGAGACCAUAUUGUCCCAGAGUUAGCCAGGUGAAAUGCGCCAGCGGGUUUUCAGGGCUCCUGUGUGUGGGUGUUCAGGGAUAAACUGGACGCUGUGGCAUGGAAACAGGUCACCUUUAAACCAUCCAGGUGACCGUUAGCAGGUUUUGUGCAGAUUUUCAGCUGGACUUUCUCUUUUUAACUGUAUUGUCCUUGUUUACUCUGACAGAGUUAUGUUUUAUCAGUUUUGUCUUUUGGGCGCAUUACAGAAGCUUCCUAACAGCUUUUAUUGAUUGCUUGAUUGAUUGAUUGAUUGAGCCAAAUGGAUGGGACGGAUCGCUGCUGCACUGUGUUGUUUUUCAGGGUGAAUAAGUCUUGUUUUCAGCUGGUUUGCAGGCAGACUGUCUGUGUUGCUGCUUGUCUGUCAGCGCGAGGCUCUCAGGUCGUGUCGGUGCAGGUUGGAGCCGGAGCCUCUGUAAAUGACUCACAGCCACAGGCCUGCUGCUGCUUCUGGAGAACACUGUAAACUGUUUUUUUUGUCCUUGCGGUUCUGGUUAAUAGCUGAAUGGGAGGCAGACCCGAGUUUUUGGAACGACCAGGCCAGAAGAACGCUGGAGGACGCUCUGAAACUGCAGCCACGUGUCCACCGGGCCAAAAACAUCAUUCUGUUCCUCGGUGAUGGUAUGGGAGUGUCCACUGUGUCUGCGGCCCGAAUCCUGCGAGGACAGAUGGAGGGCCGGUCAGGGGAGGAGACAGUUCUGGCUAUGGAUACCUUCCCUUACCUCGCUCUGUCAAAGACCUACAGUGUGGAUAAGCAGGUUGCGGACAGCGCCAGCACGGCCACGGCUUAUCACUGCGGGGUCAAAGCCAACUCCAAAACUGUGGGCGUGAGCGCGAACGCUGUGGCCUACGAGUGCAACACCACCUUCGGCAACGAGGUCUACUCCGUCCUGCACCGCGCCAAGGCUCAAGGGAAGUCUGUGGGUAUAGUGACCAACACUCGCGUCCAGCACGCCUCUCCGGCCGCAGCAUAUGCCCACUCGGUGAGCCGUAGCUGGUACAGCGACGCGGAUCUGCCUUCUGCUGCCCGCCGACAGGGCUGCACUGAUAUCUCCACACAACUGGUCACCAACACGGACAUCGACGUCAUUCUCGGAGGUGGCCGGAUGUAUAUGACACCCAAAGGCACCCCGGAUCCAGAAUACCCGUCAUCAUCCUCACGAAAAGGAGACCGCAAGGACAAGAAGAACCUCAUUGAGGUCUGGCUGAGUGAUCGGAAGGACAGGAACGCUCGGUACGUUUGGAACAAAGAGCAGUUCAACGCGGUGGACGUCAAAACCACAGACUGUCUGAUGGGUCUGUUUGAACCCAAGGACAUGAGAUUUGAGGUGUUCAGAAACCGCAGCCGUGACCCCUCCAUCGUGGAAAUGACCGAGAAGGCCAUUCAGAUCCUCAGCAAGAACCCAAAGGGCUUUUUCCUCUUUGUAGAAGGGGGGAGAAUUGAUCACGGGCAUCAUGAUGGCAUCGCUAAACUGGCUCUGACGGAGACGGUGAUGUUUGACCGGGCAGUCCAGCGAGCAUCUGAACUGACCAAAGAGUCCGAGACCCUCACUGUGGUGACUGCAGAUCACUCACAUGUCUUUACAUUUGGUGGGAACACACCCCGGGGGAACCCCAUAUUCGGUUUGGCACCUAAGAAGGCUGAUGACAGACUCCCCUUCACCAGCAUCCUGUACGCUAACGGGCCGGGAUACGUACACGUGAACGGGACGAGGGCGAACGUCUCGGCGGUGGACUACUUUGAUGAGGAGUACAUGCAGCAGGCCGCCGUUCCAUUAGACACUGAAACUCACGGAGGAGAGGACGUAACCAUUUACGCUAAAGGCCCCAUGGCCCACCUGUUCCACGGAGUGAAGGAGCAGCACUAUAUAGCUCACGCUCUGGCCUACGCAGCCUGUCUGGAACCGUACACGCACUGCCCCCCGCUCCCCGUACAGUCAGGGACUCACAGACACUCCCUCUCGGCUCUGCUCAUAUCAAUAACCAGCCUGAUCUGCCUCGUCACCAGAUGACAGCGUCAGUAACAGUAAUCAGUGACAUAUCAGUGACUGCAACUCAGGCCUGUUUUUAUAUUAAACCAUGUUUCUCUGUUGUUGUUGCUUUUUUUAUUUUAUGGAACACAUAUUGGGAGUUUAUUAAGGUCUUAUUCUGUGUUCAGUGAAAAAAAGUAAUGUUUAUUCACUGUAUGUUAAGCUUGCGUGAAAAUAAGUUACACAUCCUCUACAGAGAACACAUUCCUGCACAUUUUAAUACACAAUUACUGAAUUA